GUAUGCAAAUAAAGCCAAAACUUCUCUGACAGGAAAACAGAAAGAAGAUAAGACUAGAGAGAUGGAGGAAGAACUCAAGAUCUUCAUGAAGGUUUGGGUUUCAGCUAUAAUCUCCAUAUCUUACUGUUACUACUUAUCAACCAGGAUAAAACCUGGAGUUUUUCGAUUACUCUUCAUUCUUCCCGUUUGUGUUCAGUUUAUUUUCCUUCCUAUGUGUUUCUCUUCUCUUCACUUCAUAGGGUCCACUGCGUUUUCCCUCACAUGGCUGGCCAAUUUCAAGCUCAUCCUCUUCUCCUUCGAUAACGGUCCCCUUUACCCUGUCCCUCCUAAUAUCUCUCAGUUCAUCUGCUUCACUUGCUUCCCCAUCAAGCUUCAACAAAACGCUAAACAUCAAAUUCACUUGCCCAAAUGGGUUUUUGCUAUUAGAGUUGCUAUCUUUAGUGUGUUGUUAAAACUGUAUGAUUAUAAACAGCAUAUGUCUUCAAAUGUGCUAUUGGUUCUCUAUUCUCUUCAUAUAUACUUGGAGUUUGAGAUUCUUUUAGCUCCCUUGAAAGUUUUGCUUAUUAUGGCACUUGGGUGCGAUCUCGAGCCGCAAUUCAACGAACCAUACUUAGCCACCUCUCUUCAAGACUUCUGGGGUCGCCGGUGGAACCUCAUGGUCCCCGCUAUCCUCCGACAGGCCGUCUACGUUCCGGUGCGACGCAUCACCGAACGGAAAAUGAAGUCCGAGCAAGCCAAGUUCUUGGGAGUUUUGGCCACGUUCCACGUCUCUGGUGUAGUUCACGAGCUGAUCUUCUUCUAUUUUACACGUGAACCGCCUACCGGAGAAGUCACAUUGUUCUUUAUAUUACAUGGAGUUUGCACUGCCGCGGAAGUAGCGGCGAAGAGGACAAGCUUGUUGAAUCGGUGGAAUAUGAGUAUGAUGGUAUCACGACUGCUCACGGUGGGGUUUGUGGUUGUGACAGGUGGUUGGUUGUUUUUUCCUCCUCUUUUAAGGAGUGGAAUGAUCGAGAGACUCUCUCACGAAGUCUUUUUGUCCAUUGACUUCAUCAAGCAAAAUUGUUUUUAGUAUUUUUGGUGAAUUUGCCAAAAUCUUGGGCUGAUGUUUUCUGUAGCUAAAAUUAUCACUUUUGCUGAAUUUCAAUAGAAACAGAGAUUCUGUGAUUAUCGGGUU